GGCUGCCAAUAAUUCUAAAUUCUAGGUGGUAAACGUAUGGGUAUACUAUUAUCAAACUCAUCAUCACCUCUAAAGAGUUGAAUACUAUUUCUCACCAACUGACACCAACUCGACGAUCGUCAAACUGUUGCCUGAACUUAGUACAUUGUACACGGAGUCCGUUCGGUCACCUUUUAGUUCGGGAAGAUGCCAGAUGAGCUGGUGGUGGAAUGCUCUAUUCACCUUGAUGGUGUUCCCCUGAAAGAUAUGCGGUCAUUCAAGUGCGGACACGGCUUCUGCAACACAUGCAUCGAAAACCUUUUCCAAGCCGGACCUCCGCCUUUCAAAUGUCCCACUUGUCGCAAGCGUAUCCAGCGCAAGGAUGCAUUUCAAAUAUUCUUAAACCCUCACCGAUCGCUCACACAACCUGGCACACAAUCUCCCCGUAGAGAUUCGGCUGUUGAUAUUGAUUUUACACUUUCCGACGACCCGGAUUCGACUAUUGAGCACGUCUCUAGCCUCCGCAAGAAAACGCGUGAAAACACGGCAGAACUACAACGCUUGAAUAAGCGUUUGGAACAGUUGCGACGGAAUUUGUCGAGCGCGAACAAGGAACGCGAUGAGCUGGAUGAUCAGCAUCAGGAGCUACAAAGAGAGUACGACCUUCUCCAGGCGCAGCAUGCAGACCUCAAAAGUACAUGCACGACUCAUGAGAACGAGCGCCGCAAAGUCGAGCGCUCAAUUGCUGUGCUGCAAAAGAAGUACGAAGUCGCUGAGAGUGCCGAGCAGACGUGGAGGGAAAAUUGUAAGACUGCACAAAGAGAUGCGCGAAAUGCACGAAAGGAGAAAGAGGAACUAGAUAAAGGAAUGAAAGAGUUGGCGGAAAGGACAAGAGAGUUUGAGCAUCGUGCGCAUAGAAACAAAGUGGCGCACGACAAAUACAAAGGAAAAUAUGAGGCUCUGAAGGAAGAGAACGCGCGCCUUCAAAAAAUCCAACAAACCGUAGAGAUUCCAGAAGAACAAUCUCUCUUGGUUGUCGAUAGAAACGCCCCUGACAGGCUUGAGCGUGCAUUUGACGAAGACUGGUUGGACGAUGUGUGUGAGGUUCGAGGGGACAAUCUCGAUGAUAUUGAUAGCGAUUAUGGAAACGAGUCGAGCAAGGAGAAUGAAGACGAAGGGCCCAGUCGUGGUGUUACAUGGCUACGGGGCAGGCGAGCAACGGAGAGCAUGGACGACCGCGAACGACCACUUCCUGAGGAUCGCCCGUAUCGCCCGUACAGUGUACAAUCACGCUCUCCCAUCAAUUACACCGGGCAGAAAGCAGCUAAGACGAAUAAGCGGAAGAACGAGGGGGACGCCAUUAUGGGAGCGCGACCGUCCAAGGUAGUGAAAGUUUCAUUGCAACCUACAAGACCAACGAAGGGGAAGGGAAGGGCUACUGAAGAAAGAGGUGAUGCGAGACUGCUCCCAUCUCCCAUGCAGAUGCCAGGUUCUCCGCUGAGAAAAGCCCCUGCAUCUAAGUCCAAGACUGACUUUCCAAUAAAGCUGGAUCCAAUGGGUCGUUUGGUGGGCACUGCGGUACUGGGGUCAAGACGUAAAUUUGACAAGAAUUCAUGAGUUCAUCAAGGACACUCGAACUGCGAUAAGAUGAGCGUGUACUAUCAUCACU